UGUGACGUCACUUCCUAUGAAAACAUCAGCUGUAAAUGUAAGGACGAAGUAUUUUCAAGUAACAAGUGGAUGUUUUGCCCCCAAAAUUGGCUUGAUCGUGUAGAUCGAAAUGGCCGCCGAUUCUCCGAGAAGAACAUCCCGUUUCAACUGCGCAUCAGUGCGGCCCCAAGCUUACAGUGACAAGUCUGUGGUGGAGAGUGUGGUGGACCUGAUUGCUGAUGUUGUGCCCCAAGUACAGGCAUACAGUGGAACACAGAAAACAGAUGACAAAGACAAGAUUCUGUGGGUGAAGUUUGAGAGAUGUGAUGUCAAUGAUUUGUCUCACAACCCCAACUUCCAUGUGAAUGAAGCAGGUGGUCCUCCACUGCUGUUGAUCAUUGGUUACAGCAACGGUGUCCAAAUAUGGCAUGUGACGUGCAAUGGAGAGGCACAGGAAGUGAUGUCACUCCGACAGGGACCUGUGAGAAUAUUGCGGGUUUUACCGACACCUGAACCAGUGUUUGCAGACAUUGACUCCUACGGUGGAAAGAGGCCGCUGUUUGCCAUGUGUGACUCCUCCAGUGCUGGUCAGCCAUUCUGUAGUGUGAAGCUAGUCUCACUGAGGUCAGGAGAUGAGGUCCACCACAUCUCCUUCAAGACACUACCAGUCCUCAACAUAGAGAGUAACAAAAGGUUCCUUGUUGUUGUGUGUCAAGAGAAGCUGGCAGUGUAUGAGACGUGUCAGUUCCGGGAGCUGUUCUGGGUGUCAGGGUGCUAUCCUUGUCCAGGGCCCAAUGUUAACCCUGUCGCUCUGGGCACAAGAUGGCUGGCGUAUGCUGACAGACGGUUGGUGUCGAUGCAUCAGUCCUGUGGUGGGAUGUCGGGAGAUGGAGCCCAGUCUUACGCUGCCACAGUCAUCAGUGCAGCCAAGGGAGCGUUCAAGGGCCUGACAAUGUUCGGGGAAGCCAUGAUGAGCAGUGUGACAGGCAACAAGAGCUCUCCGAGCACCAAGAAAGGGGAGACAAGUUCACAGGUUGACAACAACUACAGGCCGGGGAUUGUGUCCGUCAUCGACAUGCAGACUGUGACUGGCAGCCAUUUCCAUGUCAAUGAUGAUCAAGACUGUGAUGGUCUGAUUGCUCACUUCCAUGCACAUGCUAAUGAACCAGUUGCUGCUAUGGGCUUCGAUCAAAGCGGGACACUGCUUCUGACUGCAUGUAAACUUGGACACAACUUUCACAUCUUCCGCCUGAUGGCCCACCCCUGUAGCUCCUCACUAGGGGCUGUUCAUCAUCUGUAUACACUACACAGAGGAGAUACCACGGCAAAGGUCAUUGACAUCACCUUCACACUUGACACUCGCUGGGUUGCCGUGACAACACACAGGGGAACAACUCAUGUGUUCCCUAUCACGCCAUAUGGAGGUGCUGUGAGCAUGAGAACCCACUGCAGCCCUCGAGUGGUCAACAGGAUGAGCCGCUUCCACAAGAGUGCUGGUCUGGAUGAGAUUGACCAUGCCUCCCCUGGGCGACGCAGCCCGGUGUUGUCGGGCAGCCCUGGCUCGUCAGGGAUUCCUGACCACUACCCAACCCUGAUCCGCCACAACGCUCUGAACAACAACAUGGGUAACCCCCGCCUGCCCCCCUACCCCCACCCCACUACCAUCUACCCCCUGGCUCAGCUCAAACAACAGCUGAGUCUGCCAGGGAUUGGCCCCGGGGUGGGGACGGGGGUAAGGCAGCAGAGCCCCACCCAUGCCACCAGCAGUGACAGCAUCUUCAGUGUGGCUGCUUUCUUUGCUGUGCCCAGGAUUUCAUCCAUUGGGACACAGAAUCUCACUGUGGAGAGGAGGGAGGGUACAAAGAAGCCGGCUGAGUCACUGUUUAUUAUGGGCCAACAUGGGAGCCUGAUAGAGUACAGCCUGGAGCCCCGGGCUCGGCCUGGAGGGGACAGAGUGGCAGACGACAGUCCUCUAGAUUUGGGCGUGGCUGGGAGACUCCAGUGGUUGUUACAGAGAACAAAAACAUCAACAGAAGUGAAGCCCCAGCAGCCCAGCAACCCCCUUGUGGUGGCCAGUGAAGCUGUGGUCAGUCAGCAGCCCACCCUCUUCCCAGACAUGUCCGAGAUGGAUCCAGUAUCUCGCCACGACUCCAGAGACAGUCUUUCCUCCGACCACAGCAUAAAGGAUGACCUUGACGAACAAUGGCUCUCCCAGGUUGAAAUCAUCACCCAUGUCGGGCCUCACAGGAGGCUGUGGAUGGGUCCUCAGUUCUCCUUCAAGACCUACCAGAACACGACUACGCUGUCCUCGACCUCCUCGGCCCUCCUGUCCCACAGCCCCGAGACACAGGCACAUGUGUCUGGGAUGGACAUAGCCGCAGACGAGUGUGAUUUGGAAAGUCUCAAAAUCCAUCAAGCCCGGUCCAGCCCGGUGGCCAUUUCAACGACACGGCCGGCCUACAGGCGAUCUUCCACAACAGACUACAGCCCAUCGCCAGGCCGCACCCACACCCACACUGCUGGGGCCCUGCUUAUAGAAGCUGGAAGUUUUGACCAGUCGCCGAAUCUGAGUGAUGUUCUGUGUGGGUGGGCCGAGUCCAACCUGGUCCGGCAACCCCGGAGCAGCGAGGAGGAGGAGGAUCGUCUCCGUGAGACUCUGGCUGACGCCAUGGUGGAAUCUCCUGUCAAAGACUGUGGACCCACUAGCAUGAGAGAGGAUGUGUUCCAUGGAAGCAAUGAGACACUGAGUACAAGUUCCGGAUCCAGUGGAUGCCCUCUACCUCCUCGAGGACUCACAGAAACUGGACUGGACAUGUUUCCAGGAGGGGGUUCCGGGUCACCGGACCUUCUUGGCUGACCAGUGAUCACUCAUCUUCUGUCUGGAGGCUGCCCACUUGGCUACAACUACUGUGUUUUUCAGACUUGCUAUAGGAUCUGUCUUGUGAGCCACAUGAUUUAAGUAUUAGGCUACAUUGGUAGAAAUAAGUGGUCCUAGAGUCAUUAAGGUUUUUGGCUUCUUUUUUUUUUAUCUAGACCAAAUCGCUAUGUGACUAUUGCCAAUGUGAUGUAAGAUUUGUGCCACCGAAUGGAGGGAUGCCUUUAGUCUUUAAUGUUGAAAAUUUAAAGUGUAAGUUGAAGUGUCCUUGUCAUAUCCAAUGUUACAAAUUAAAGAUAUAGGAGGUCCACAGAUACAAAUACAAAAGUCUCAAGGAUCCAAAGAUCCACUUAAUUGUAAAUACUUAUGUGGUCAAGUCAUGGUUUUGACUGAGAACCCUCACCUUCCUGCUCUGUUUCCAACACUGGUUCAUAAUCAACAUAGAUGCUUCAUUACUUUAGUGGGUUUAUGAAGAUAGAAGUGUUGAUAAGGUAUGACUGACCUUGAAUCAUGCAUAGCUCAUGGCUGGGUGAUCACUUGAUGCCAUCUUGUUGCAGUCUGAAGCCUCAAUCCAGUAAAAGUCUGUUUGGUCUGUUUAGCUCAGCUAAUAAUUAGUAGUCCAUAUUACAUCACUUAAAUCUACUGAAAAUAAGGUUAAGAGAUUGUUCCGGCUAGUAGCCUCAAGUCUUUGGUACAGACUGGUGUUGGUGCUUGUAUGAUGGUCAGCGUAUAAGGUAUCCUUGAGAACAGACUGGUGUUGGUGCUUGUAUGAUGGUCAGCGUAUAAGGUAUCCUUGAGAACAGACUGGUGUUGGUGCUUGUAUGAUGGUCAGCGUAUAGGGUAUCCUUGAGAGGUCAGUGAUCUGGGCCUUCUGGCUGUAAGUUGUUUCUAAGACAAAUCUGGCUGCACAGACUUUAAGCUGGUUCAUCCCCAUGCUCCAGCUCUAUACCUAUUAUAUAUCGUGGCCUUUUCUGAAAUCUAUACUUGUACAAAAUUACACAUUAAUACAUCAAUAACAUGCAAGCAGUCAUUUGAAUUUCAAGACUUUUAUAAAUCAAGAUUACUGCAAGUACCUUAAGAUCAAUAUCUGGAAAAUAAACAAACUAUUCUGACUGAUGUUGUAAUCAGUUGUAACUGACCCAUUUCCAACACUAAUAUUGCUGUUACUUUGCAUAUAGUUUACUUCGAUCACUUCAUUGGUGGUGAAUAAAAGACAGGCUUGUCUGAUUCGAAAGACCUUUAGUCUUGGAGUGCCGUUACAAGGAGACUUCAUUGAAGUAGAAAGGAUCAGAUGUGCAUUUAAGAUACAGUGAAACAUUUUUAGGUGUGGAUGAUACUGGUGCUGUUUUUUUCUUAAUGUUAGUGAGGGGACACGGGUGGCCCACUGGUUUAAGGCACUGCAGUUAUUUGGCCAGAAACCUAUGAUUGUGGGUUUGCAUCCUGGUUCGCCCCGAUUUUGUUUCAAUGUUGUCAGCACCAUACCCAUGUUUGUUGAUUUGACCAAAGUGGGAUGUGCAUCACUUCGGACUUUCCUCCCACAUUCCCACAUUAAGCUGACACUUUGUAAUAUAACUGUUCCAAGCGGCUUAAACUCACUCACUCACUCACUCACUCACUCACUCACUCACUCACUCACUCACUCACUCACUCACUCACUCACUCACUCACUCACUCACUCACCCACUCACUCACUCACUCACUCACUCACUCACUCACUCACCAAUGAUUUGUUAAUCUAGACAUUAGUUUGUACAGACUAUUUCAUUGGGAAUGAUAGCUCCAGGUACAUUAGUAGGUUUCUGUAGGAAUGGGGGUAACUCUUUGACUUGUCAUUCAAAGUAACACAAAAAAUAAGGAUUUUCUUUUUCAUUACUUUUCAUUUAUAUAUUAUAUUUGUGUAAUUUGUUAUUUUUAAUUUAAUCACAAACCCUGUAGUUUUAAAGAAAAAGAUAACAAAGUUACUAUGAAAAAGGACAAAAACAAAACAAAAUCCCAGAAGCCUCAGAAAAUCAAUGUACAAAUUGUCAAGAAAAUGGCCACAUCUCUUCUGCUUACAAAAGCCUGCAUUGAUUUGUACUGAAGCUGCCUGAUUUAGGUGGAACCGAUUUACUCUGUAGAUUCCUACUAUGAAAUGCUGAGUGAUACUCUACCCUAUUGGCAAAGAUAAUCAUAAAUAUGGCAGGCAGUGGAGUACUUUUAAGACCCACUGAAAUAGAUACAUAUACUGAUGCCUGCUUUGAUCAAAACUAGCAAUACUUUCUGAUAAGCCAGCGCUUUGUGUAUGCCUCAACCGGCAGCUCUAUCUACACAUCCAAACAAGGUAACAAUCAUAAAACAUUUAUGACCAGCCCAUCCUUAGCCUUCGCAACCAUUUCUAUAACACAUCUACAAUCAUGAGUAUCUACAUUUUUGAUGGCGUCUUUAAAAUCCGUUAUGACAAGGACAAUUAAACGGCAAAAAUCACUUAAACUGACAGACCUAAUGCAGAAACUGAGAUAAGUCAUAAAUAUUGAAUUUAAUGACAAUCACGGAAAGAAAUAUGAUGGGUAAAAGGCCCAUCAUGCUCUUGACAGGUACAUUCAGAUGAACGUUUUCUUCUCCGAAUUGGUGACAUAGCUCUCCUAACACAUCGCUCCCUCAACCGAUGACAUCCCAUCUGUUGUAUUAUUCAGAAAUAGACGUCAGUUCAAUUGCGCUGUGCUUAUCAUAGUGGCAUUUAUUUUCCAGUAUUGCUAUUUGAAAUGCAACAUUCUCAUAUCUUAGGGCUGAUUGAAAGGUCAGUACAGGUAGAAAAAAUGAUUUACUGAUGUAAAGUCUUUGAUACUUUUUCUUUUAUAGUACUGGAGGAAUUGGCUGUUAUGGUCUUGAGAAUUGAAAUUAACAUCGUUUAUUUCAAAAUGAUUUGUGUCAAUUUCAUUGAAAUUGAUGACUAUGGGGAGUUUGGUUGGGGAAUGAGUGAUUCUGUUACUUUAUGAUCAUUUAGCUCUCUAACUGAACUUGUGAAGAAAUACCCUGGACCUGUCAAGAGCCAAUAAAAUAACCAAAUAUGUAUGUAGGAAUAUAGUUUCAUAUUUUACAUGCCAAUAUAUGGUUUGAUAAUGAUUAUGAUAUCUGCUGAAUAUUUUUUUGUGAGGUGAAUCAUCCAGGUACUUCUGGCUAUUCUUAUCUGAUUUCAAAUGAAGAUAUUACUAACUUCCUCCUGACCCAGAAGCUGAUGUAGGUCAUAUGCAGAGGAAUGAAGAUCUGAUGUAUGUAAUAGUUUCAACUGAUAGAUGGAGACGAAAAAUUUUGGGUACUUCUCCUAAAGCUGUAUCAUUUGGAUUUAAUAAGUGACUUACACAUUGGAUGUGGAACACUUUAUCUAUUUUAUUGUUUGUAUAAAAGGUUUCUUCUUUUAUGAUAGUAAACCUUAAUGCUCAAUAAUCUGUGUAAAAAAUAUUUUAUACAGUUAUGUAUUAAGAUGUGAUCCAGGAUGUUAGGCCGUUAUGAUUGAUCUAUCUUCAUCCUGCUUAUAUUCUUUGGUUUGCAGAAAUUCGACUGACCAAUAGUCCUUAUCCGGGUCUGUGAGAUCUUUGUGGUUCUAAAUGUUGCAUAUCACUUGACACAGGAUAUGCUAUCAGACAAGAGACAUCGCAACCUGUCCACACUCCUAUUUCUCGGUCUGGGUCCUGCCAUCAAUUUUUGUGUGUGUUUUGUUUCCAGAGUUUAACUCAAAGACUAUACCAAGCAGAGUAAAGCUUUUUUGUGUGUGUUUUAAAUUUCGAACCUGCUAUGGCUAUUUUGAAUGAGAUUGUCUUUCUGUUUGAUUGUAUUAAAACAGUUUAUUUAAUUGAGGGAUGAAGACUUGGAAUACUUAUCAAGAUGUCACCGUGAUACAUGGAACUUUAUAUAUAUGUAUAUGUAUCAGUCGACUAAGUUUAACAGUAGCCAUUUUGUUGUCUUCUUGUGUGUCCUCAGUCACGUGAGCCCAGAAACACAGUAUUAGUGUGGGACUGGUUUGGUUGGUUUGUUGUUUAACGCCGCACUCAGCAAUAUUCCAGCUAUAUGACGGCGGUCUGUAAAUAAUGGAGUCUGGACCAGACAAUCCAGUGAUUGACAUCAUGAGCAUCGAU